UAUUUAAUAUAUUACGAGCGUAUAGACGAUGAUACAUAUAAUGACGUGACUACGCGUGUGCUCGGUCCGCCGAUCUCGUUUUUUCUCGUCUCCGUCUGUCAGCGGCGGCGUCGACGUUUUCCCUCCGGCGCUCGCCUCUCGCCCAACACCGUCCGGCCGGAGCGGAGCGCACAGACGCGGUGCGCUCGAAUUGCCACUGCCGCUGCUGCUUCAGUGUCAGUACCACGUCGGCGACCGUACUGAAAGCGCAAACGGCGUUAACACCGACUGUGCCGGUACGCGAACGGAGUACGAUCGCGUUCGCACAUGCACCGCAUACCCAAAAAUAUCUCCGCGUAACGUGCCGCACGACCAUCGAGAUUUAUAGUUGUGUGGUGUCUGUUUGUUUUUUUAAAUUUUUUUUUAUUUUUUGAUUUUCGUCUCCGUUUUCGAUUACGUUUCGCGCGACCGUACCGCAUAGAGGCGACCGAAUACCCGGUAUAUGGUGGUCGGUCGCGUCCGUUAUCGUAUAACUAAAAUAGUUGAGUGUUGACGCGUCCGCCCGGUGUCUGUCGCGGUGACCGAACACACUCGAGCGGUGGUGUCUGCCGCGCGGAAACCGGCCGCCUCGGAUGGAGCCGCCUCGGACGACCCCGACGGCCAGGAGACCUCGGCCCGUCGCCUUGAUUUGUCUGAUCGCAGUGCUGUUGGCUCUGGUUUCGGACGCGGUGUUUGGUCUGAAGGGAGUCCGAAUUUGGAACCCCGAAGCUAUCCGAGCAGGUGAGCUGUUGCGGCUUUCUUGCGAUUAUGAUCUUGAGGGCGUACCAUUGUACUCGAUAAAAUGGUACUUUGGCGACCAAGAAUUCUACAGAUUUGUGCCAAAAGAAUCGCCACCGACCAGGGUUUUUCCGCUAUCUGGCACCACGUCGGUUGAUAUAUCUGAGUCAGAUGACCACGCAGUCACAUUGACUAAUCUGCCUCGAGACAUGUCAGGCCACUACAAAUGCGAAGUUUCUACGGAUGCUCCACUUUUUCACACGCAAAUCAAAGAGUCGUACAUAACUAUAAUUGAAGAACCACAGACGCAACCACUCAUGUUUGCCGGUAAACUUAAGUACAUCAAAGAUGAACCGGUAAAAAUAAAUUGCACUUCUUACUCGGCGUUCCCAGCCACCAAUCUCACGUGGUUCAUAAACGACAAAAAGGUGACGAAUUCUACGAAAUACGCCAAGACGACGGCUUGGGUUACAAACGAAGAUGACGGACUACAAACCAGCAGAUCACGGCUGGAGUUGUCGACCCACGGCGAAUACUUCCCGGGUGGUCGGAUGACGGUUCGCUGCGAGUCCAAUCAAUUUAUGUUGUACAAAAAGUACUCAGUUAUUGAGCUGAUGGAUGACUCGCCCAGACUGGCCCAGAUGAUUAGUCCUACUUCAGUGCUGAGAUCGGGUGGACCACAGGCGAGUUCAGCUGAUCGUUUCGCUACCGGACGUGUGUUCGUAUUGGUCGCCUAUGUAGCCAUUCGAAUAGCACCAUCUCUAUUAAGAUAGCUUUAAGAUUCUUACACGCAAUAGCCAAACACACCGACAUUAUUAUUAUUACGUCAUGUUAUAACGGACGAUUUAUUUUGUCGUCGUUGUCGUCGUCGUGUUUGAUAAGUAUUUUACAAGAGUAACGAUUUUAUAUAUUAUGAUUGUAAUAUAUAUAUAUAUAAUAUAUAAUAUAUAUAUAUAUAUAUGAACACGGUCAAUCGUUUGCGAUGUUAUUAUGUUUGUAUCGGAGUGGAUGCCUAGAAGGUCUCGUGAAUUGGACUUUAUUCUAUUCAACCGUAUCAAUCGAAAGUAUAUUAAUUAUUUGUUUAAAAUGUUUUCUUCUCUUUCACAGCGCGAUUGAACUAAAGCAAGGCCAAGCGCUGAAGCGAUAGCGAGCUUUCGCCUCCCCUCUACCACCCCACCAUCCCCCAUAACCAUCCAUAAUCGGUAAUAAAAAUAAAUACGAAAACGACGUGCAUUUCUUUAUAACAAAAAUUAUACGAUAUAAACAUAAUAAUACGUGAUUGCAAAAACAUUAAACUGUAUUAAGAUUUAUACAUUUGAUAUAGGAUUUAACCGCGAUAUUGUAUUUUCCAAAAAACCAUUUAAUUGUGUAACAGUAUAUAUUGUAAAAAUAUAUACAUUAUUUAAUGUUCGUGUUUUAUUCAAGUUUUUUCUGAAAUAAAAACCAAUUAAUUGAUGUUUUUAAA